CACACCCUCCCCUUUCCAAAACCCCCCUCACUCUCCAUUCCACCCUCUUCCCACCCCAAAUAGCCACUGCAGCCUCUAAACCCCUCAAUUUUUAAACCCACCCACUUGCACUUGCACUUGCCCAGCCUUGCCCUAGCUCUAUUACUUCUGCUAUUAAUACUUCGGCCUUGUCACGCACAGCCUGUUGAGUGGCCUACUUCACCGGUAAUUGAGAUGGGGCAAGAGUACUUGUACACAGUGGAUUUGGUAGUGGAUUUUGAUGCUUCGUGGUUGUCGGAGUAUACUAGGAUGUAUUUGAUCAUUGAGGAUCCUUGUGAGGUGACGGAGGAGAGGACUUGUAGUCCUGUGUAUUUCACUCAGAGUGCAGCAAACAAAACGUUUUCCCGUAACUUGAUGACUACUGAUGGAAGCAGUACCUUCUCCACUACAGUUACCUUUACAAAGCUAGGAAAUGCCACUAUGCGGACUGAACUUUAUCUGAAAUAAAGGAGUUUCUAUUGAAUACUCUUCAGGAAGUCAUAUUAAAGCCGAGCCUGAUUUUACGGGGCAUCUAGAGCAGAUAAAUCUGAUAACCCAUGAAGAAGUAUACCCUGGGUGAACUCGGCCGUGCCCAGCCAAGGUGACAGCUACUCUAACUCCGAUGCAUUCAGGCUUGACUCCUAUAAAGUUGUUCUAUGAUAACGGAGUGGACAUGUGGAUUAAUGGAGAAGCUAAAAUUGCUCUAUAUGGUGCACAUAUAAAAGGAAAUUAUGAAUCUGAGUAUGAAUUUAACGCAUUCUCGCAUUACUCCAUUGAAAUCAACUGGAUAGAUCUUGAUACUCUUGGGCAGUUACAUUUCUACUGGGACUUGGGAGCAGGUAUGGAGCUAAUCCAUCCCAAAUACUUUGGAGACUUCCAAGAUUAUGGACCUGUUGUUCAAGUCUUGGUUGCAUGCCUUGAAAAGUAUGAGCAAGUACCUGGAACCACAGAUCAAUGCAGGCCGAUCUGUGGAGACGGGUUCAAGGCUGGAGAAGAGAUUUCAGAACAAAAUUGAGAUGACUGGAAUGUGAUUGAUGGUGAUGGCUGAAGUUCAUUGUGAAAAAUCGAGUCAGGAUGGAGAUGUCAAGGAAGUGACAAAUUGGACCCUGAUGAAUUCAACCCUGACACUUGUGAAGAUAUUUGAGGUGAUGGAAAAGUUGUUGCACCCAAAGAUGGCUAUUGUGAUGAUCACAAUGAUAUUGAUGAGGAUGGGUGAAGUUCAGAGUGAGGAGUUGAAUCGGGAUGGACAUGAACACUUGGCAAUGCAGAUACAGCAAGCUCGUGAAAAGAUAUUUGAGGGGAUGGCAUAGUAAUGAAUGAACCUUUCACCAACUACUGAGAUGAUGGAAAUAAUAAUGAACAUGACGGAUGUAGUCCCACUUGUGAGGUUGAGGAUAAUUGGAAUUGAACUAAUGGUUCAACCUCUUCUGCUUCCAGGUGAAGCUAUUCAAUUCCUAAUUAUUUAAAGGAAAAUUCAACCAUCAUUGAGCAAGGAAAGAACAAAACCAUACCUUGCCAAUCAUUUUGAGGAGAUCUGGGACUAGUAAAGGUCAGCUUUACUAUUGAAUGAAAUGAAACCCAAGAAGGAAGUCCAUCGUCCAUUGCAACCAUAAAUAGCACAACAGGAGAGAUCACUGUGAAUAGCACAAAUUUAUUGCCUGAUCCCAAGAAUUACACAUGAAAAAUAACUGCGACACCGAACUAUGCCAAUGGUCAACCUAGUGUUACCACAUAUAAUAUCACAGAGUUCAUUAAAGAAACUUCUGGGACUGAAGCUCAGAAAUUAGCAGCAACAUUGACUACAGUGUUAAUUGCAUCUGCUAUUGUUUUAGCAUUCUUUACUUCUCUUUCAGACCAGUCAUCUCCUUCUGGCGUAUUCUCAUUAAUAAACCAACAGCAACUGCUACUCUUAUUGUUACUUCUGAAGACAAGCAUCCAUCCUAAUGUGAGGAGUUACAUCGCAACAACCAACUUCUUGAUGCUGGACUUCCAGUUCAUCGGCAACAUAUUCACAAAUUUCUUUCUGAUACAAGGGUUUAUUGACAGCACCAAUUCGGAAGACCCAGACUCGCCCAUUCGAUGGCUAGGACAUGACUCCACAAGCACUCUUUACAUAAACAGAAACCUCUUGCUGUUGUUUUGGCUGGUAUUCUGAUUGCAGGCGUUCUUCUGGUUUGUCUUUCUGGUUAUUCUGUUCAUCCAGAUGGCUAAUACCAUGAGGCAUAUCAUUGCAGCCAUGAGCAAUAUUGAAAUUCAAGAUCAAGAUCAGAGAGCCGAUGAAUCUGCUUCGAAUGAAGCCAGGCCAGAUUGAUUCUGUAUAAAAUAUUUUAAGCUCGCACUCUCUUUUAUCCAGAAGCUCUGAAGGCCUGAUCAGGGAUUUCAUUGGAAAUUUUUCAUAUCAAUCUAUACCAGAAUGAUUCUAGAAGCAUUCCUUGAUUUAUUUGUGACAAGUUUGAACGAGAUUCAAGUGAGUGAUACUUCAGCACCAAAUUAUGAAUUCUCUCGUGUGUUUGCUUAUUUCGUUCUAACAAUGCUUGGAUUAUUCUUUGUGUUCACAUGAGGAUAUUGUUGGUAUCAUUUUAGAGACGAGCCUCAAUAUGAAAAACUCUAUAAUCAAUCAGAGGAAGAUUCUGACCCCAACUCACAAAGAUUGUUUGGUGAAUUAUAUUCAGGCUUCCGAGCUCACAAACUAGCCAGAGUGCAUCAACCUUUACUUCUGUUGAGAAAGCUUGUAUUUGCAGGAUCAAUUAUGGCUAUAGAAAUUUCAAGCAUCCAAGUUUACCGAGUAAUGCUUGUAUUCCAGAUAUUUUAUUGGGCUGCAACAGUACUAUUCCCUAUGCUUACUAAGUUCACAUUUGACUUUGCAAUCCAGCAAGUUAAUGAGGUGUUUCUCAUCGUUAUACUAAUAUUCUUCAUGAAACAAAAGACAGCUAAAGAUUGGGGGAUCACAACUGACUCGCAUGCAACCAAGAAUAUUGCAGUUACACUGAUCACCACAAACACCUUCAUUGUCAUCAUCCUGCUACUGACCAAGUCCUUGAGAGAGGCUUACUCCAAAGCCAAGCAAUGUACGAAGAAAGAAGCUCCACAACUGGACAGGACUGCCCAGAUCAGCGAGGGUCAAUCUUCAGAGGAGCAAGAGGUCGAGCAAGAAGAGAGAAAUCAAAUCUCAGGCGAGCACAAACAGCAAGAAGAGCAUAAAAAUCAGCAAGAAGAUAAGCUAGAAAGACCAGUUCACAACAUGGACACACAUGAGGACUUGCUUAAUUUUGAGUCAGCUGAUAAAGAAGCUUUAAACUCUUCGAAAAGAUUUAUAGAGAUAAAUAAAGUCGAAUCUCUGCAAUGUUUGUCUGAUAAAACAAGACCUUUAAACACAGAUGCAGCACUUUCAUCUGAGAAAUCUAAUACAAAAUAUCACAAAGACAACAAAUGAGUCAAAACCAAUGAGCCUUGGACAAGCAUCAAAGAAGAAACUAAGGAGGAUCAUUCCAUUAAGCAUGAAAAAUCAAAUGAAUACUCUCUCAUAUCGCCAAUGAAUGAAACCCAAAGAAGCAUGAAAAAGAAAUAUCAGCAAACUUCAGAAGAUCCUAUUGAACUUGACCCUGCCAAAUUGUGUUCAUCCCUGAUGUCAAAGCCUGGGCCAAGCGGUCGAAACCGGUCUGACAACUGACUUGUGGCCAAGCCAAAUACUCGCAUAAUCGAAACUUUAGUAACUCACCCGAAACUAGAGAAGGCUCACCAGGCCUACUUUGGAGGGAAGAGUCCUGUUAAGAUAAAGAAAUACAAGCCAAAGAGCAAGAUCCAGGGGUGCAAGGCUUCCGAGGUCUAA